AUGCGUGAAGGAAGCGCGCAACAUACCAGCGAAAGCGCGGCUUGCGGAAUGGCUGUAGCUGGCGUGGAAGCCAUCCGAGAUGCUUGCGUUACCAAGCAAACAAGAGGGAAGUACAAGAGUAGCCUGAACAGCAUUGUAAAGUGGAUUCGCAAGGAGCUUGCUAAAGUCGACCACAACACGAAUCGAUUCUUUGACAGCAGUGGUGAGCUUAAUCUAAUGGAGUUCACGCCUCCGUAUUUUGAGCAGUUUCUUGUAUACAAGAGCCGUGAUGUGAAAGCUGGGACACUAAGUGGUUAUCGGAGUGCAAUUAAGGACCUGCAUAGAGUGAGAUGUCUAGCUUUGCCGCCUGAAUUUGGAGAUGGAAUGAAACAACUUUUCUCGGGAAUGAAGCGCAUCGAGGCUAAUAGUGAUCAGAUCAGUAACCCGAAGACGUCCGGGAAGCAGCCGUUGACCUACUCGCUUUACCAGAAACUCUAUCAAUUUCUGUUCAAACCGUACAAAUUCAUCAUUUUGUGGCUAAAGAUGAUGGCCUUGGUGUAA